CGGAUCAUCAACAGAUAAAAAUUGUUCCGUAAAAACAAUCCGGCAGCCAUCAAAACGUUAAGUUGUGCGCUAACAACCAAACAAACAAAUUGCACCGUUUUGUGCGGACGCACCAGACUUGGGCAAAAAGACAAGAUACCUCCUUGCUGUCGGUAAGAUAUCCAUCGAACCAAAGCCAAUUAAAGCGUUGCCACCUAAUAGAUCUGGCCACACCGCAUGAAACGGAUGUAUAUGCAACGCUGGUGCUCCUCUAGCUGGACUGCUCUUUGGACUGCCGUUUUGCAACACCGCCACCACUUUUGCACACUACCCAUCUCUCUUGCACGUACUCUUUGCCAACGGGACAGUCAUUCGCUGCGGUCAGCUUUCGUACGGUCGUCUCGCUUACACACGCGCCCGAAAGGCCCCGCAUUGAUUGGGAAAAAAUAAUCAUCGCCGUAGUCUUCGUCGGGUCGCCGUUUAUACUCGCAGUGCGCUGGUGCUGCUUUAUUUCGAGACAAGGGACACACAAUACCGAGAGAGCCAUAUUUAAGCAUUAAAGUUCUUAAGGCGCAACGCAGCUUUUGUGUUUCGUUUUUGUUGAAUUCUAAGCAAGCAGCAGUAGAUAUUUGAAAACCCCAAUUCUGUGCGAAGAACAAAAGAAAUACGCGAGACACCAACACCAGCAAACCACCAUCCAACCAAACACACACACACACAACCCAAAUCAAAUUUCAAUCAGAAAAUGGCGUUAAAAAGAAUCAAUAAGGAACUGCAAGAUCUGGGCAGAGAUCCACCUGCACAAUGUUCAGCCGGUCCAGUUGGAGAUGAUCUAUUUCACUGGCAAGCUACAAUAAUGGGCCCGCCGGACAGCCCUUAUCAAGGAGGUGUAUUCUUCUUAACUAUACAUUUUCCAACAGACUAUCCCUUUAAACCACCUAAAGUGGCUUUUACAACGCGCAUAUACCAUCCAAACAUCAACAGCAAUGGAUCGAUUUGUCUCGAUAUAUUAAGAUCUCAGUGGUCGCCAGCAUUAACUAUUUCAAAAGUCUUAUUAUCAAUUUGCUCUCUACUCUGUGAUCCCAAUCCAGACGAUCCGCUUGUUCCAGAGAUUGCCAGAAUAUAUAAAACCGAUCGGGAAAAAUACAAUGAGCUGGCACGAGAGUGGACUAGAAAGUAUGCUAUGUGAUGCGUUCCAGAUUGCAGCAGUCCAACAGAAUCAGCAAAUUCAACAUCAACAACAGCAGCAGUAAAAGCAGAUGCAAAUGCAAAUGCAAGAGCAGAAGCAACAACAACAGUAAAAGCAACAGCAACAGCAACAAAGAUAACAUCAACAGUUUACAAUAGUCAGAAUCAGAUGAAGAGGAGCUGCAGCCGCGGCAUUGUUAAUGGCAAUGGCCGCCGUGCGGUUGACCACAACAAUAACCACAAUAUCAGCAGGAACUGCGGCCACAGCAGCAACAACCACAACACCAACAAUCGCCACUGCAACUGCAGCCGCAGCAACUUCAACAUCAGAAACGACAGCAGCAACAAGAACAGCAGCUGCCCCCAUCACCUUCGCAGCCGCUGCCGCUGCUACUGUCUCCGCAGCGGCACUAGCAUUAGAAACAGCAUCAUUGGCAGCGGUACCAACAGCAGCGGCGACCGCCAGCGGACCGAAGGCCUUGCAGCAGCAGCAGCUACAACAUCAACCGGAGCAGAAGGAGAUGGAAAAACAACUGGCAGAUUGGUGGCGGACUGGGAAUAAGUGUGUUUUGACCGAACAGAAACAGAACAGCAUAAACGGAAAUAAUUUAAUAAUAAUUACUGAAAAAUUAUGUAAGCAUUAAACAUUAAAAGCUAGACAGCUACCAACAACAGCAUCAACAUAAUAAGUUUAAAUACAAAGAAAACAAAACUACAAAUAAAAAUCAGCUGGAAAAAUUA